UAUACGCUAUAUGUAUAACCGUUGAAUUAAUCGAUCAAUACGGCACAUGGCGGAUUCGUGUUAAUAAUGUUUCAGUGAAAAGUUUACUGAUUGUUCGUAUACAGUUGUUAAAAUUGUUAGUUUAUUGGAACAAAAUACCUAUCAGAAUGUCAACUUUUCUUGGGCUUAUUAAGGAAAUACCUGGCAUCUCAGUGGAUCGUUUUGAUGGAGCAAACUUAACAUCUUCUAUAUUUUUUCUUAGUCAUUGUCAUUAUGAUCAUAUGCAUGGUUUAUCAGAUAUAUUUUUUGAGCAUAUAGAUGAAUAUAACAAAUAUCUCUAUUGUAGCCCUAUUACAAAAAUAAUGUUGGAAAAUAGAUUUAAAUUUAAAACAUCUUGUGUGAAAGAAAUAGAUAUUAAUUCUCCUACUGUUAUAGAAUAUUCAAUAAAAAAUGAAGAUAAAAUUCUUAUUUGUGUAACUUGUGUUCCAGCAGGACAUUGUCCUGGUUCUGUGAUGUUUCUUUUUGAAAAAAAUAAUAUAUUAAUAUUAUAUACUGGUGAUUUUCGUAUUAAUCCUUUAGAUUUUCCCAAAUUGAAAAGUUUACAUUAUUACAUUGAUUCUAAAUUGAUACCUAAAUCAUUUACUAAAAUUUAUUUAGAUACAACAUUUUUAAGUACCGACUUUUCUAGUUUCCCUACGAGACAAGAAAGUAUAUUUAAAAUGUAUGAAGUCAUUAAAAAUUGGAUAAGCAAAGACCCAAGGAAUGUUGUUAUUCUGGAAUGCUCUGCUACAUAUGGUUCUGAAUUUCUUUUUGUAGAAUUAUCUAAGAUGUUAAAUAUGAAAAUUCAUAUAAGAAAUGAUGUAUUUGAAACUUAUUGUUGUAUUGCACAAUUAUCUUGUUAUGUCACAAAUGAUCCAUAUAGUACUUCAAUUCAUGCUUGCAAGAAAAAAAUAUCUGUGUCAGGUUUGCAUUGUAGAAGUGAUGUAAGCAAUAUGAAUAUCUUGACUGUUAUCCCAUCUGCAAUGAAAUGGAGAAAAAAAGAUACAGCUAUAAUAGGGGAAUGGGACAAAGUUAAAGAGAGAACUUUUAAUGUAUGUUAUUCUACUCAUUCCUCUUUUAAUGAACUUAAAGCAUUUGUUCAAUAUUUUGAAGCAUUGGAAAUAUAUCCAUGUGUAAUGAAAACAGAAGAAGAACAACAAAUUUAUUGUUUGUUAGAUAUUGUAAAAAGAAAAUUAGAUCAACAAUCAUCAAGUAGUCAGAAAUAUAAAUUAGAUCUUCCUAGGCAUAAGAUAUUAAAUAAAGCUAAAUUUAAAUCUAAAUAUUUUAGUAGUGAUGAUGAUAGUUUAUGAUAUUAAUUUAUACUU